AUGACCGAGGCAGUGCCGUACACGGAAGGAAUGAAAAUCGAAGUUUCUAAGUUGGAAGAUAAUUCUGUUGUUGCUUGGUUGCCUGCAGUUGUUGCGAAGACUUUCUGGAAGAACAACCUCUUAGUGGAGUACACUGUUUCGAAUAGUGAUGCUAUUAGUUUCCGCAUCAAUGAUGAGGUUGAAGCAUUCCAAGGUGGUGGCUGGUGGCUAGGAGUGACAACCGAUGUUCAUCCAGAAUUAAAAUACACAUUUAAGUCAGAACAUUUAGGGGUGGAAGUUCAGUUGAGCGAGAAAUUACUGAGGCCUCGAUAUGACUGGGUUUAUGGUCCAUGGAAACAAGAAUCAGAGAAUGUCAGCAGCAAUGAUGAAGAUUUUGGUGGAGCUUGGUUUGAGGCUGCAUGCGGUAAGGAUACUGCUGCUCCUAGCGGGAAAAAACAACUAGAGAAUCCCUUGUUUUCUUAUAAGAGCAAUACUCCAAAAUCCCGUCCUCCUCCCCGAGCUGCUUCAAUAAAGAAGAGGAAAACUCGACUUGAUGGACCACCGGACCUUGCACCAAGCCUGACGAAGAAACACAAGUCUCCCAAACUCAGACCAUCUGAAGAAAACAAGCUCCAUGAGUUGUCUUCCAAGGAGAUAUAUCCGGACCUCCAUGAAAAAAACCCGCUCAGAGAUGCCCCUCGUCCAGACGACCAGGCGGAACCUGCUCCACAACCUGAGCCCACUCCUGCACCUGCGCAAAGGAGGAAAACCAUUCUGAAGCUGCCUGCAGCUGUUCGAGACGCCACCGUCUCACCCCAUACUCGGGAAUCCGAUGCUCAAAGAAUGGGGCAGUACAGAAUACUGUUCCUGAGGUAGGGACGUGCACCAAGUCCCCAGCCAAAUCCUUGCCCACUCCCUUGGAUGACAUAAUCAAAGAGCUGAAAGACUUCCGAGAGCAAUGGCUUCAAGCCCAGUCUCAACUAGAUCAUUCAGCGACUAAGGCCAUGGAAAUGGAGGGACAGGUGGCCAAACUCUGAGCAGCCCAUGAAGCUGAUGCACAGCACCUUCGGGAAGUGAUGGACAAGCAGGCAAGCCUUGAACAAAGACUCGAGCUGAAGGACAAGGAGAUUGAAGACCUGAAAAAGAAGCUCGUUGGUUUGGAUGAGCAGAAGUCCUGCGUUUAAGCCGAGCUGCCCCAGGGUGCUGUGAUGGCUGUUUCCCAUGCUCAUGGAGUGCUGAAUAAUCAUGUUCCUGAUCUAGAUAUCGGGAUCUUAAGCAAGGGGUAUGCGUGCACGCCUGCGGAGGCCCAAGCUCUGGCCGAUCAAGUUCGUCCAAUAGUCGAACCCUUCGUCGAGCGUCUUGGGCUGUCGGUGAGUAGUGCAUCUGAAGAUGCAGUACGAGUUUGCACGUGUAAUGGUACAAUGAUUAAGUUAGUGAUGUGCAUCUGCAAAAUGCAGAACUGGCUUGGCCGUUUUGCCCCCUCAAUUGCUGCGUGUGAGUGUUUGUUGAGCAGGUCUGGUCUGUACCUGGUUGAUCGCUAAAGAGUUUGCUUUCGGGGUUCAGUUGGCACUCCACAUGCUUGUGCUAUGAAUGGAAAAACGUUGUGAAA